ACAACUCCCCCCGCGCCCCGCCUCCGUGCCCCCCCCCUCGAGCGCGCUGCCGAGUCGGGGCAGGCGUCGGCGGCCGCGCCAGGCGUGGUCACGCCGGGGUGCGGUCUGCGAUUUUCGGGGGCGAUCUGCGCCUCUGUUGUUCUGGGGGGGCACCACGCUGCGCCAGAGGCUCGGUGCUCCCUCGGCGGAGGCGCGGCGGAGGAACUGGUCGAGGUCCUCGCCGGCCCCACCAGGGCGCGGGUGGCAGACCGCACCCUUUGA